UUUAUCCGGUUGGCUGCUGCGGGAGCGGCCUCGCGCCCGGGCGGCUCCGUAAAAGAAAAAAAAGGAAGAAAAAAACGGUGUGACAGCUCAGCGCUGUCCACGUCAACACACCGAGCGAGCUGCGAGCGAGCACGGCGGCGGCAGCAGCAGCAACAGCGAUGGACUCUCUGGAACCUUCCCUCUAUACAGUGAAAGCUGUUUUCAUUCUUGACAAUGAUGGCAACAGACUUCUGUCAAAGUACUAUGACCCUGAGCUUUACCCCUCCAUGAAAGAACAGAAGAACUUUGAGAUGAACGUUUUCAACAAGACACACAAAGCAGACAAUGAGAUAGCUUUCCUGGAGGGGAUGACCAUCGUCUAUAAGAGCAGUAUAGAUCUCUUCUUCUAUGUGGUGGGAAGUGCUCAGGAGAACGAGCUGAUGCUGAUGUCAGUACUGAACUGCCUGUUUGAGUCCCUCAGUCAGAUCCUCAGGAAAAAUGUGGAGCGGAGGUGUUUACUGGACAAUAUGGAAGGAGUGUUUCUGGUUGUGGAUGAAAUCAUUGAUGGCGGGGUGAUUCUGGAGAGUGACCCCCAGCAGGUACUACAGAAGGUCAACUACAGGGCGGAUGAAAACCCAUUAUCUGAACAAAGCGUGGCCCAGCACAUAACACAGAAACUGGCUCUGACCACUAACGUUCUGCAGUCGGCCAAAGAGCAGAUCAAAUGGUCCAUUCUGAAAUGACUCGGACCAGACGCAUUUAGGAUUCUCAUGAAAAAAUAGAUAAAAAUAUUUAGUCCCAAAGCUAUUUUUUUAUUAUAGUAACAGACUAAAGGGAAGGCCUUACAAGCCUGUUGGCCAAUAGGCUGCUUUAUAGCACUUAACCAGCUAGAUUUUCUUUCUAUGUGUUAUGGCAUUUUUGUUACAUUCUGUGUGUGUGACAUGUCAUUUAUUUAUUUGGUGGGAGAGUUAUGUUAGUUCAUAGUCUUGAAGGUUUGUCAUUUAACAGGCCAAAUGACAUCAGGAAAUGAAAAAAAAAGAAGCAAAGACUGAGGUCUCAUAUCCAGCUGUGCUUCUGUAAAGGACAGCUGUUACACCAAAGUAAUCGGUUCAAAUACUGGAAGCCUGUUUUGGUGAUCCAUAAUCUAUUGCUUUUAUUUUGGUGAAGCAGGAUCUUUCACUUUAAGAUUGCUGAUGUGUAAAAUAAAAAAUAAAAAAAUAAAUAAAUGACACCGUUUUAUACGUGACAAACUUUUCCGCCCAAAUGUUACAAAUGCAAAAAAAAUCUGGUAACAAUCUAUUUAAGGAAAUACAGUCAUAUCAAUCUAAGGAUAAUCUAAAAAAAAUAAGAAUAGACAAAAACAAAGCAAAAAAGCAGCAAAACAUCUGCAAAUUCAUGCCAAAACACUGAAUAUCGAAGAAAAUUGUGUUUUCAUUUGAACCAUGAAAUUUGGGUGGUGUUAAAUUUACACGGACACACACACACACACAUACACACACACACACAUAUACACACACACGGACAGAUGGAAGGACAUCAUUUGUGCACUGAAUUGCUCAGUUUAAUCCAGUUUGUUGCUGUGCAGUACUGGUGCAUGUGUUUUGUAAAGCUUAUUUAAAGACUGUUAAAGAAUACAAUGAUCUCUGAUGAAACUAAACAAAUGUUACUUUUGCACUCUUGUCAGUAAAACCCUUAUUUCCCCCUAAAGUGAAUGAAGGUAAAUUAAUAUCUGUACAUAUAAUUGAUCAAAGGGACUUUUGUAGAAGUAUCGCGGGACAUUUUGUGGACAGAGUUAUAGAAUAAUGUCUAUUUUCUGAAAGUUUAAUAUAUUAAUCUUUUUAGAUAUAGAUAUUAAUCUUUAUAGAUAUUUAAUAGAUAUUCAAUAUUUUCUUAGUUGAAAAGAAGAAAAAAAGCCAAAGAUUUUUUUUUUUUUUUUUUUUCUUUUUGUUGGUCUAAUGGGCGUUUUGUCUGUCCACCAUUUGUAAGACUGAUAAUAAAAACAUUUGUCCUGGA